CAGGUUGUUCUCAGGGCCUCAAAGUACAGCUUCCUACAGUCAGUCUGAGUAUAUCUGCUUCUUGUGACUGCUGUUGGUAAGUUCAAAGUGCACAGAAGUUAGAGUACUAAAAAAGGAAAAGAUCUUAUGUAAAAGUGAUCACUGGAUCAAUUUGUGGCUGUCUGUACCCUGAGAGCUGGGAAUAAACUGUUCAGAUAAGAGAGCAAACUGAGUGGGUAUGGCUAGCAAAGUCUUUGUAAGAGGAAAAAAAAAUGUUUUAGAUUACUAAAUUUGGUUUAGGAGGCAUAGUGCCCAGCUGUUAUGCAAGAUCAGCACAUUCCCUUGGAGCAGAAAGGAGAGCACACUGGCACUAGAGUUGCCGUCCUUCCAAGAUGCAGAUUUGUGCUCUUGUCUUGGCUUGUCUCACUGCCUGCACAGCUUGGGCAUCUUCCCCACCUGUGGCAGAUACCGUGUAUGGCAAAGUCCUGGGGAAAUAUGUUAGCCUGGAAGGAUUUGCACAGCCUGUCUCUGUCUUCCUGGGGGUACCUUUUGCUAAGCCCCCUCUGGGAUCCCUGAGGUUUGUACCUCCACAACCUCCAGAGCCAUGGAACUAUGUGAAGAAUACCACCUCUUAUCCUCCCAUGUGUUCUCAAGAUCCACAACGCAGCCACGGUGGGAAUAUAAUUUCUCUGCAGCAUUCUGAAGAUUGUCUGUAUUUAAAUAUUUACACUCCUGUGGAUGUGAGGAAGAAAAGCAGUCUGCCUGUGAUGAUGUGGAUCCAUGGAGGUGGUAAUACGGUGGGUGCAGCAUCAAUCUAUGAUGGAACAGUUCUCUCUGCCCAUGAAAAUGUGGUAGUAGUGACUAUUCAGUUUCGCCUAGGUAUCUGGGGAUUCUUCAGCACAGGGGAUGAACACAGCCCAGGGAAUUGGGGUCACUUAGACCAAGUGGCUGCAUUACACUGGGUCCAGGACAACAUUGCCAACUUUGGGGGCAACCCAGGAUCAGUGACCAUCUUUGGAGAAUCAGCAGGAGGUGAAUGUGUCUCUGUUCUUGUACUAUCUCCCCUGGCUAAGAACCUCUUCCACAGGGCCAUUUCCCAGAGUGGUGUAGUACUCACGCCUAGUUUGUUAAGCAAGGAUGCCAAGCCUCUGGCUAAGAAAAUUGCUGUUGCUGCUGGGUGUAAAACCACUUCCUCAGCUGUCAUGGUUCACUGCCUGCGCCAGAAGACAGAGGAGGAACUCUUGGAGACCACACUGAAACUGAAAUUUUCUACUGCGGAUUAUUUUGGAGACCCCCAAGAGUACAGUCCAUUUGUGCCCACUGUGAUCGAUGGAGUGCUGCUACCUAAGGCACCUGAAGAGAUUUUGGCUGAAAAGAACUUCAAUACUGUCCCCUACAUCGUAGGGUUCAACAAGCAAGAAUUUGGCUGGAUCAUACCAUUGUUUUUGGGUAAUCCAAUCCCUGAAGACAAGUUGGAUGACAAGACAGCCACAUCACUCUUAUGGAAGUUGUAUCCAUUUGCUAAUGUUCCUGAGGAACUGACUCCAAUGGCUAUUGAGAAGUAUUUAGGAGGGACAGAUGACCUUGCCCAAAAGAGAGAGCUGUUCCUGGACUUAUUGGGAGACUUCAUGUUUGGUAUCCCAUCUGUAAUUGUGGCCCGUGGCCACAGAGAUGCUGGGAUACCCACCUACAUGUAUGAGUUCCAGUAUUGUCCAAGCUUCUCACCAGAUUUGAGACCCAGGACAGUGAUAGGAGACCACGGGGAUGAGGUCUACUCAGUGUUUGGGGCUCCAUUUUUAAAAGCGGGAGCCUCAGAAGAAGAGAUCAACCUCAGCAAGAUGUUGAUGAAAUUCUGGGCCAACUUUGCUCGAACUGGGAAUCCCAAUGGGGAGGGGCUGCCCAACUGGCCAGAGUAUGACCAGAAGGAAGGAUACCUGCAGAUUGGUGCCACAACCCAGGCUCUACAGGGACUGAAAACCAAAGAAGUGGCUUUCCAGACCAAGCUUCUAGUGAAGAAGACCAUGAGGAAUCUACACCAGAAUGGGCACAUAGAGCUCUGAAGAGAAAACCAGGCUUCAGGAGCCUAAAGCAAUUAACACAGGUAUAUUCUACAGAAGAUGUUUGAAAGACAAGCUUGCAUAUGUUUACAUUGGAUAAAGAAUUUUUUGUUGAGGGUGAGUAGCGUCCAGGUGUGUGGAAUUUUUGUACAGUGGCCUGAAUUUAGAGAAAGCAAAUAUUAUAUUUUGACACAAAAGUCAGUGUCUAUGUCCUGAGUUAGACAUGGAAUCAGUCAUCCUCACUAAGUGAAGGAUGAUGGG